UGCACCCGCGAAGUUAAGUUCUGGGCUCGCGCUGUGCUCGGCUGCGCCUUCCUCCCGGCGCAUCCGCUGGCGGCACCGACCUCGCCCCCCAGCCUCGGAUCGCCUCCUCGCGCCCGCUGGGCCCCCGGCGCCGCACUCGCCCCUUCUCGGCUCUCCCGCGGCGGGCGGAGGGCGGCGGUCACCUUGGCCGAAGCGCCCCAGGUGGUGGGGAUCGACCCGGACUUCGAGCCGCUGCCCCGGCCGCGCUCGUGCACCUGGCCGCUGCCCAGGCCGGACUUCAGCCAGUCCAGCUCUGCCACCUCCAGCCCGGCGCCGUCGGGCGGCGCGGCCGCGAACCCCGACGCCGCCGCGGGCCUGCCCUCGGCCUCGGCGGCCGCCGUCAGCGCCGACUUCAUGAGCAGCCUGAGCCUGCUGGAGGACGGCGGGGACUUCCAGCAGGCGCCCGGCUCUGUGGCGGCGGCGGCGGCUGCUGCCGCGGCCGCCACCGGGGGGCUGUGCGGGGACUUCCAGGGCCCCGAGGCAGGCUGCCUGCACGCAGCGCCGCCGCCGCCGCCGCCCGGGCCGCUGUCGCAGCACCCGCCCGUGCCCCCCGCCGCCGGGCCGCUCGCGGGGCAGCCGCGCAAGAGCAGCUCGUCGCGCCGCAACGCGUGGGGCAACCUGUCCUACGCC